UCCGAAGAGGCCGAGUCUGAUGACGACUUAACGCACUUAGACCUUCUGGUAAAGAUGAAGAGGAUGUCAUUGAACCACGAGAAUUCCUUCAGCCAGAGGUGUUUCGGAUCAUCAAGUAGUUUUGCGUUUUUCAUGAGUGCCAUUUCUACCGAAAAGAAAUCGAAAGGUAGCCUGAAUACGAUGCAACUACACGACUAUUCUAAUGCGCAUCCUUGGGAGCGUGCCACGGCCGACGCCGAGAAAUCUCGCUACGUCUUUCCUGACAACGAUCUUAUUACGAGCCUGGUCGCCAUAUAUUUUGAAACGAUCCAUCCAAUUUUUCCGGUCCUGCAUCGACCUACAUUCACGAAAGACGUCGCCAAUGGGUUGCAUCUACGGGAUGAGUAUUUCGGCGCUACGCUACUUCUUGUUAUAUCUGUUGCCUCGCGAUAUUCCGAUGACCCAAGGGUGUUAGCAGAUCCGAGAUCAAAGCUUUCCGCAGGAUGGGACUUCGUCAAGCAAGCUCCCCUCUUUAAGAAAGCGGUAUUGUCUCCUCCUAGCUUAUACGAGCUUCAGUCACCUGUCCUUGGAGUCAUAUACUCUAUUGGAACGUCCACUCCUCGGUUUAGCUGGACCAUGGUUGGGGUCGGACUACGCGCCGCAACUGAAAUUGGAUUACAUAGGCGAAAGCCAGAAGGCCAUAAGAUGACAGUCGAUGAUGAACUCAAGAAGCGGUCCUUUUGGGCGCUCAUUAUACUUGACAGAUUAAUCAGCCUACACUUAGGACGACCUGUCAUGAUGCAGGAGGAAGAUUUCGACUUGGAGCCACCAAUCGAAUGCGAUAACGAGUACUGGGAUAUCGGACCAGGCGGAGAAGUGAAUUUUUGCCAACCGGCUGACAAACCUUCCAAAAUCAGCUAUUUCAACGCGCAAAUACGACUGAGCGUGAUAAUGUCGGUUGUCGUGAGGAUGCUUUAUUCCAUCAAGAAGGGUCGAGACAUGUUGGGCCUUACCGGAAAGGGAUGGGAAGAGCGUCUCGUUUCUGACCUAGAUUCAUCCAUGAAUGAUUGGAUGAAAACCAUCCCCGUCCAUUUGCGUUGGGAUCCCGACCACAACAAUACGCCGUUCUUGUAUCAGUCAGUGGUUCUUUAUACAGCCUACUAUAUGCUCCAGAUCCAUAUCCAUCGACCCUUUCUACAUACCAGCUCUCCUCUUUCCGAAUCGUCUCUCACCAUUUCUACGACUGCAGCUAGAACUUGUACUCGAAUCCUUCGGGUUCAUCGCAUCAAAAUCAAAACCACUGUGCCUCACAUUCUGAUAGGAGCCCUUGUAUCUGGCACUGUACUGGCUAUGAACAUCUGGAGUUACAAACGGUCUGGCCAUGCGCCAAACGCAGAAGACAUGGCCGGCUUUGAGCAAUGCCUAGCCGCCUUCAUACAUGCUGCUGACACGUGGAAUAUUGCUGGUCGUUCAUUGGCAUGGCUUCUAUUGAGGUCGCUAGACUUUUGGAUGAUAUUUCUAUUCCUGUCGCCCAUCCUCGGGAAAACUCUGCUCCCGCAUCAGAAUCUACUCCCCAACGGAGCUCGUUCAGCGCUGAACCAGAAACAUGGCCCGAGCACCUUGGUACCUUGGCCUUCCCUCCUUUGGUAAAACUUCGUUGAUGGUAAACGACUUCUACAGAUCCAGCAUACUUGAACGAUUACUUAGCGAAUGGCCUGCCCCUGAAUCUGACGAGUGAGGACUCGUUAAGCUCGUCCCCGGGCCAGGGGUCAUGCUUGAACCAUUCCGAAUCAGAGUUUUCCGGUGGGCAAGGCACGAUUGAUAUGUGGAGCUAUGCUCCCCCAGGAUUCAGGUGUGCCGCCGUAGUCUCUCGGAAAAAGUUUGCUAAUAUGUGGACCUGUAGC